AUGAGACAUACCUGGUUCCCCUUGCAGUACAUGCCCAAGCCCUUCUGGAGAGCAGAGAACCACAACACGAGCAGCUUCUUCUCUGCACUGUACGGCUUCCCUAACCAGUCCUUCUUCCACAGUGACUUGAACCUGGAGGACCUGGGGGACUUUGAUAGCGGAGCCAAGUACGAGGGCGAGUCGCAGAGCCGGACAGUGCAGGCGCUGCUGAUUGUCGCCUACUCCGUGAUCAUCUGCAUCUCACUCUUCGGCAACAUCCUGGUGUGCCACGUGGUCAUCAAGAACAAGAGGAUGCACUCUGCCACCAACCUCUUCAUCGUCAACCUGGCCAUUGCUGACGUGAUGAUCACCACCCUGAACACCCCCUUCACACUGGUGAGGUUUGUGAGCAGCACCUGGGUUUUUGGAAAGCUGAUGUGUCACAUCAGCCGCUUUGUUCAGUACUGCUCUGUCCACGUGUCUGUGCUGACCCUCGCUGCCAUUGCACUGGACCGGCACCAGGUGAUCAUGCACCCUCUCAAGCCACGCAUGUCCAUGGUGAAAGGAGGGAUUUGCAUCAUCAUCAUCUGGGUUAUGGCCAGCUGCUUCUCACUGCCCCAUGCCAUUUAUCAGACUCUGACAAGGUUUUAUAUUGGAAACAAAACCAUCCGAAUGGUCUGCCUCCCCAGCUUCCCUCCUCCUGCUGAUCUUUUCUGGAAGUAUUUGGACCUGACUACAUUUGUUCUCUUGUACGUUCUGCCUUUGCUUGUGAUCUCCAUCACCUACACCAUAGUGGCCAAAAAGCUCUGGCUGAGGAACGCCAUUGGGGACCUCACCAUGGAGCAGUACUAUGCCCACCAGCGGAAGAAGAAGAUGACGCUGAAGAUGCUGAUGGUGGUGGUGGUUGUGUUUGCCGUGUGCUGGUUUCCCCUGAACUGCUACGUGGUGCUGAUCUCCUGCAGGGCCAUCCACAGCAGCAACGCUCUGUACUUCGCCUUUCACUGGUUCGCCAUGAGCAGCACCUGCUACAACCCCUUCAUCUACUGCUGGCUGAACGAGAGCUUCCGCGCGGAGCUGCGCUCGCUGCUCUGCGUCUGCCGGCGCAGGAGCACGGCGCCCGGCCACGCUCUGCAGCCCAUCUCCCCGCUCUUCCGGCACGCCAAGGCUGAGAACUGCUGCUACAGAGCAAGCAGCACGUGCCAGAAGGCACAGACACCCUUCCAGAGGAACUCUGCAAGGACUGACAUAUCCAGCGUGCAGCCGAUUGUGGCAGAAAGCUGAGCGGCGUCACGCAGGGAUUGUAAAAUCAUGGGGAAAAUGGGUUUGGAAAGCCUCUGGAGACCAUCAAGUCAACCUUCUGCCAUAGCACACAAACUUCAGCCUUUGACUGGGUCAUUCAGGACCUUGUUCUCUCAGGUAUCAAAAUUCUCUAGAGAUGAAUUGCCCGCUUGUGGGUGGCAGAAUGAGGGGUGUUGAAUGAAUUUUUCGUUGGAACAAUCAGCAAAAGUGAAUUAUUAAACCUCACACAAAGCCUUUCACGGUCUAAGUAAAUACGGGGAAGCUACACUGGUUUUAUACACACCAGCUGCUCACUGUGGCGUGAUGUAAAGCUGUUAGGGCUUUAACUUUGUGAAUUGACAUUUUU